AUGGAAACAUCAACGAAAAAUCCUUUGAUAAUAACAGACAAAGAGCAGAUGAGGAAAUGGUCGAGAACCAUGAGAUCGCAAGGCAAGACUAUUGGCCUUGUACCUACAAUGGGUUACCUUCAUCAAGGCCAUUUAUCACUCGUCAAAGAAGCCCUAAAGCACACGAAUGUCACUGUUGUCUCAAUCUAUGUGAAUCCAGGUCAGUUCGCUCUUUCUGAGGAUCUUUCCACAUACCCAUCUGACUUUCAUGGCGAUAUUAUCAAGCUCAUGUCUGUUCCUGGUGGUGUUGAUGUUGUUUUCCACCCCUAUAAUCUUUAUGACUACGAAAAGGACAUGAAAAAUAAGAAUAGUAAUGUUACUAGUGAUGUUUGCAAGAAUUUAGAGGGUAAAGGGGAGGUGGCGUCAUGUUUGGAGGAGAGAGGGAUGGGACAUGAGACAUGGGUGAGAGUGGAUAAAUUGGAGAAGGGUCUGUGUGGGGAGAGUAGGCCUGUGUUCUUUAGAGGGGUUGCUACUGUUGUUACUAAAUUGUUUAAUAUUGUGGAGCCUGAUGUUGCUGUUUUUGGGAAGAAGGAUUACCAGCAGUGGAGAAUUAUUCGAAGAAUGGUUCGAGAUCUUGAUUUUUCCAUUAGAAUAAUCGGUGCCGAAAUAAUGCGUGAUAAUGAUGGCCUUGCAAUGAGUUCUCGCAAUGUACACCUCUCUGCAAAAGAGAAGGAAAAGGCUUUGUCUGUAAGCCGGUCAUUGCUGGGUGCUAAAUCAUCAGCAGCGAAUGGCCACAUAAAUUGUAGAGAAUUAAGAGACUGUGUUAUCCAAGCAAUAAGUGAAGCUGGAGGAAGAAUUGAUUAUGCUGAGAUUGUAGACCAAGAAAGUUUGCAGUUAGUGGAAGAGAUCAAGAGUCCUGUUGUGUUCUGUGUCGCUGCCUGGUUUGGGAAGGUCAGGCUGAUAGAUAACAUUGAAAUCAAUCCAUGA